GCAAAUAGACUUUUAUAAUACUUAAAAUAUUACUCGCUACCAUUUUAAAAUAUGAGAUAGUUAAGUGAAUCCGGACAUUAUUUGGUGUAAAAACACGACAGUGUGAAAGAAUUAAGUGAAAUUGUGCAUUGAACAGUGCGCUGCUGGCAUUCUGUCGACGAAGGCAGUUAAAAUUUUCUUAUUAAUUUCAUAUGUGUUCGAUCGACCAUUCAAUUUUUCAAGUGGCUUAUCAACUGUGUUAUAUGUGACGUACAAAGAAAUGCAUCGUAGUGAAAAUAACGAAAAUCGCGAUGUGGUUUACCCAGAAAUAUCUUCCACUAAGGUUUGUCAUAUUGUAAAACGUUCAGAUUUUGAAGGAUAUGGCUUUAAUUUGCAUUCAGAGAGAAUAAAGCCCGGACAAUAUGUGGGGAAAGUUGAUGUGAAUUCUCCAGCAGAAGUAUCGGGAUUGAAGGAAGGUUAUCGUAUCAUUGAAGUUAAUGGCGUAAACAUAAGUCAAGAGUCUCACAAGCACGUAGUGCAGCGAAUUAAGGCCAUUUCAAAUGAAGUGAGAUUAUUAAUAGUUGAUGACAAAUCUAUUAAAGAACUUGCAGCUGAAAAGUCUUCACCAUUACCAAAGUCUUUUAAUGAAAAAAUAAAUUCAAAAGAACUGGAAGUUGAAAAACAGAUAUCAAAUGCAAGCAGUGGAGAUAUGAUUAUGAGAAAGCCUGUUACCAAUUAUGAUGCAAAUACAACACAGAAACACGAUUACAACAAUAAAAAUGAACAAAACAAUGCGACUACCGCAUACAAUUUCAAUGAAAUGCAUUUGGAGAAGGACGAUGAAACACGUCCACAAUUAUGUAUAAAGGUUUCUAGUACAGCUUCAAGUGGUGGACUCGAACUUCCAAUGACCGCAGCAGAAAUGAGGGCUAAACUUUUAUCUAAGAAAAAAUAUAAUCCCAAAAAUGAAAUUGUAGAUCUAAAGAAGAAGUUUGAGAUAAUACAGAAACUUUGAAUUUUUUAAGAUUAAAUAAAAACAAUGGUUUAAUUGUUACAAAUGGCUUACGAGA